GAAGAAAGCAGGACACGUGUUUCAUUCGAAAACGGUCAGCGCUCUCCUGUGAAAAGAUUCCAACAUGGUACGCUCAGAAUGGUCCUCUGGAAUGUCGGAAGAAGCAUGGUCGACAGAAAUUGAAUCGUCCACCGCACCAUCCGAAGCGGACGCCAUUAAUAGACGUGAGGCACUGGAUAAUGUUUUUCCAGCUCACGGCUGGGCUGCACGAGAAGGCGACGAAGGGUCGGACGAGGGGAUGCCUACGUUAGCUGUAGAAGCAGAAGGCAAAGAGGCCAUCCAUGGCGCGCCCGUUAUGGAAACCACGAAACGGACGACUGAAACAGCGGUGGAUGUCACAGAAGAGCCCACCUUACAGCCAACUACAAUGACCCCGAAUGCAACGAGUUUGCCAACGAGUUUGCCAACGAAGGACACCAUUGUGACGAAUGCAACUACCACGACAACAUCAAAGCCAAUUUCGUUUUGUAACGUGACUCUGGAAGGGGCUACAAAUUCUUUCAAGUCUCAAAACUACCCUCAGGAUUACCCGAAUAACUUGACGCAGACAUGGUGCAUAGACACACUCGACGACUGCCCAUUGUCUAUGACAUUUCGAGACAUUGAGGUACAGCAAGACAACAAUUGCACGUUGGACAACAUCACCGUUUAUGAUGGCCCCACAGCGAGCAGCAGGGAGCUUGCAAGCAUUUGUGCGAAUUCAACCAUAACCAGCACAUCAAACAAAGUUUAUGUGGUAUUUCGAACUGACGCCGACACGGUGAAACACGGCUUCGACGCGCUAUACGAAGCGGCGAAGUGUCAUUUCCACAACCUCAUAGUCACGAAGGCCCCAGGCAUCCUGGAGUUGAACACGACUCGCGUAACCAGUCAAUGGCUGCUGGCGGCCGAAGCAGGACGAGUCCAGCUGACAUUCGAAUUGUUCGAACUUGAUGACUGCUGCAACUGCGAUUACCUCGAGGUAUACGACGGCAGCGAUACGUCCUCAGGGCUGAUGGGCAAGUUCUGCGGUAUAAUGGAAGUUUUCAGGGGAUUGUGGCCAGAUAGAAACCUGUCUGUGUCACAGAGAACUGUGAGCCGAGCUGUACGAACCGUUUCCGCAGCAAUUGUACAGGCACUCGGCCAUGAGUGGAUCAGCUUCCCCAGUGACGCUGCUGAAAGGGCAGCCAGCAAGGGAUCCUUUACGCGGCGGGACCCACGAUUUUCUGGCGCCAUAGGAGCAGUGGACGGAACGCUGAUCUCGAUUCUGGGACCACCGGACUCCGAUUCAGGAACCACCAAGGACGUCUACUGGUGCCGAAAGCAACACACGCGCUCAACGUCAUGGUGGUUUGCGACGGCAAUAUGCGGAUUCUAUAUAUCGACCCAUCUCUUGCCCGGUGGCUCCCAUGAUGCAUUUGGAUGGAGAAGGUCAUCGUUGAGACAUGAACUGGCAACGGGGAACCUCCUGUUAGCAGACGAGUUCAUUCUCGGAGACAGUGGCUAUCCUCUGGAACCAUGGCUCAUAGUCCCUGUUCCUGGCUCCCAUCCACGUGACUCACCGGCUGCGAGGUUCAACAUUGCCCACGCUUCAUUACGGUCAAUUGUUGAGCGUUGCUUUGGUGUACUAAAACAGAGGUUCAGGUGCCUGCACAAACACCAUUCUCUCUACUACCGCCCUCAAAUAGCAGGCACCAUAGUAGCAGCCUGUGCAGUGCUGCACAACAUCUGCAUUGCCACAACAGAGCCUCAUCCUGAUCCUGCGGAUGAAACCGACGACGACAACGACGGCUAUAUUGCAGAUAAUCAACCCACAACAUCAAGCAGCGACUUCUUCGCAAGAGGUCGAGCAAAAAGAGAUGCCUUACUCAACAAAUUUUCAGGGACUGGGCAUCGCAGACAGUAGGGCAGUUAUAAGUCUUUCGCUCGAAGUCAUGAGUUAUA